CUCUGACACUUCACCGAGAAUAGUCACACUUCACACAUCCAAAAUGCUAACAGCGGAUGAGGGACACAAUGUAAUUAGUAGCCUAAGCUAAUGAUGUUGACUUAAUUCUGGAAAAACACGGAUACCCCUAACAAUGUCCAUGGGCGGAACGACGGAAAGCACACAGAUAACAGGACGUCUACAGUUCUUAUUUUUAUUGGAACAGAGUAAAGCCAGCCCUAGUACUAUAUUUAGUCAUAACUGUCUAACAUUGAAUGCACAGUUUCCUCCCGUGGAGAAAUUGCGAAAGGACCAUGACCGUAAGCUUACUUGUCCAACCACCACUGUUGAUUUCAACUCUGACUCUUUUCUGCAGCCUUUUGCCACUGUAUAGGGCAGCCCUAUUUAAGCAGGCCUAAAUGUUUAUAAUGGAUUUUGCAAGUGCAUAUUAAUGAUCACCAGGGAAACUGCAUGCAUGCAUGCCCGAUUUUGUAAUUUCGCGUUGCUAGAUGGCAUUUUUUUUGCAUAUUUGCAGACAACGAGGAAAGUCUCAAAUGCAACUGUGAUUAAAUAAAUAAGGAAACUAAAUGCGUAUUGCGCGCGGAACGGUUUUAAUUAAUACCUUAUCCCCUGCAGUCCUUAAACAUGUGAACUAGAGUGGCAAUCAAUCCCCAGAGUUAGAUCACAAUACUGUUUAUACUAUGCUGUAUAUAUUAGGCCUGUAAAAUCUCCAUAUCCCUCAAGAGUAGAUGGAUCAUUAUUGUUCACUGACAACCACUUUAAAUAAGCAGGUUACUGGGUGAAUGCAGUAUUUGAAGAUGCUCAUAUGCAUAUUUUUGCUGUUUAAGUCUGUCUUCAUGCUUCCAGGAUACUGUACGUCAUUGUUUGUCACAUUGUGUGUGUGUGUGUGUGUACGUUUGUGUUUAAGAAGUCUUAUGAUCCUGAGUGUGAAAAUGCCAUUUUGAGCCUCUUAUACCAUGUGCAGUUGCAUCAUUGGUCAUGGGAUCACACCGGAGAAGCCCUGCAUAGGAGGAAGUCAAGAGAUGAGCCUUACGCGCACGCACACACACACACACACACACACACACACACACACACACACACACACAUAAGCACACAGCCAUAACCACAAUCAGGGUAUGCAUGCACUACACACACACACACACACACACACACACACACACACACACACACAUGCAAACUUGCCAAAUGUUUUGGAGACAGUAAUAAUAACCUGUACCUGUACUACCAAAGUGAGCUCGAGGGCAUGACCUCGUCAUGCUUCAUGUGCUUUAGUGGCAGAUAAUGACCUCAGAGCAUAUACGAUAUCUUUAGACAUUGUCUCAUGACAGCCUUAUAUUAUGAACAGGUUCCUGGAAUUUCGCAUAAAGGGGAAAUGACCAGACAGACAAUGUUUUUCCUUAGAUAGAUACAUAACAAUGUUGGUCAGUUUACCAAUUUCUACUGGGUGUCUCGUUUUUCGUUAUAGCGGAUGCUCAUGCAGGUGUUAUGGCUUUAGGAAGGUUUUUGUUUUAAUUUUUUAAUGCAUUCCAUUCAAAAACAUUGUUCAGUGUAUGCAUGCCAUGGCUCACACAAGCACCUUUUUUUGUAAAUGUUUGUGCGAUGGCACACUGGUAAAAAAACAAAACAAAUUGGGGGAUGAGGAGUGCACUCAGAUUUAUUUAUGGAGGUUUAUUUAUGUCUUUAUUUGUCUAUUAUUCAGCUUAUGGCAUUUCACAACAUCACUUAUAUCAAGUGGACACACAGUAGGCAAUUACACAGCUGUAUGUGAAUCAGCAUGCUUCCUAGGUUGUUUUUAUGCAUUAUCCUUCAACAAAUACCAAUAUAAAUACACAUUUUAUACAGUCUAUGGCAACUACUGACACAACUGUAAUUUGAAUGUUGUAGAAUAAGCAUUCUAAAGAAUAUCCAACCCCAUCUAACUUAAACAUUCUUGCAUCGAUGAGGAACAUUAUUUUAUUUUCUAUGGCUUUGGUGUAUGUGCUUACCAGUUCAUGUUCAGGGCCGCUGCUCUGGACUAAGGAUCUUGGGAUUCAUGCUGUCAUGACCAUUAUUAUUUGUGCAUGUUAAACACAUAUCAGUAAACACACAGAGAUGGACACCUGAGUCAAUGUAAUGAAAUCCAGAAAUCAAUUCUGUAACAUAUUCCUGUUCUGCGAUAUGAGUGUACAAUGAGGGGAAGUACAUACACAGACAAAGUUAAAAGUGAGAAGUCAAACAAAAUCAAAAGCUUGUGAAUUAAUUUAUGAGGCAAGUUUUUAGAACAUGUAAAUCUAUGGAAAUUUCUUUCUGGUGUCCCCCAGUUCAGCUUGAUAUCCAAUAGUCGCAACAGAGUGCAUGCUGCUUGGUGUGUGGUGUGUGAUUUUUGUGUGUGUGUGUGUGUGUGUGUGUGUGUGUGUGUGUGUCUAUGUCUGUGUGUUAUGUUAGGUCAGGUACUUGUGAAACAUGCUAUGCGAGUGUGGAAAAAAUGUUUGGAGUAACAACAGAUACAUUCUUCCCUUUGCACUUGCAAAACAGAUGAGUGUUUUCUCUACUAUGAGGUGAGAGAGUAAACGGGUGGUGGCAGAGAGAGAGAGAGAGAGAGAGAGAGCAGAUAGAGAGGGAGCAGGCAGAGAUAGAGAGUGAGAGAGGGAGCAUGCAGAAAGAGGGAGCAGAGAGAGUGAGAGAGAAAGAGAGCUGAAUGGAAGGGAACUAUAUAAGGAUGAAGACAAGGAGUAUCUAGUGAGUCAGUGAGAGGGAGCGAGUGUGUGUGAGCACGCUGCAGGGCAUCCUACAGAGCGUGAGAGUGAAAAAAGAAAGCUAGAGACUUUCAACAAAGUAAGGGACAGAAAGAGAAAGUGGGAAAAGAAGAACAGCGUGGAGCUCAAGACAAAAUAGAACACAACAGAGAGCAAAGACAUCUCCAUGCAGAGGAACAGGAUCAGAGAACAGCAGAGGCCAUCUAGAAACUACUACAGCUACAGUGUUUUUGAGUGCCUCGGUGUGAGUGUGUGUGACUGUGCAGUUGGCCAAAGUGUGCUGUAAGUGCUCUGUGUUUCUCUGUAACAGAGAGGUUGCUUGCCAGUGGAUGUGUGCAUUGUAGUGUGUCUGCUUGUGAACCUCAGGGCCUGUUUGUGAGUGUGUGUGUGUGGGUGUGUGAGUGUGUGUGUGUGUGUGUUUGAUAACGAUGCUUGUCUGCUGUGGCGGUGGGCUCCGUGUCCGGUCCUGGCUGACCUUUGUGACAGGCCUGUUUGAGUGUCUGUGUUUCGCCGGCGCUGUGUUCGGCUGGGCUUCGCUGGUCUUCGUGCUCAAAGGUGAUGGCUACUUCAGCCAACUAUGCGUCAACACCACCUCCAGCAAUGGCACAUACACCAUGGACUGCAGUGAGCAGGAUGAGAAGCUCUCCCUCAUCUUUACCAUUGCGUCCUUCAUGAACAACUUCCUCACACUGCCCAAUGGCUUCCUUUUUGACCGCUUUGGCACCAUGGUUACCCGUCUUCUUGGAAUAUCCAUAUACACCACGGGGACCAUGCUGAUAGCCUUCUCAAACGCUGCUGUGUCCAUCGUGCUGUUCCCUGCUCUCUCUUGCAUUGCGGUCGGAGGAAUUCUCUUUCUGGUGACAAACAUGCAGGUUGGAAACCUGUUUGGUUCACGGCGCUCCACUAUAAUCACCCUCUACAAUGGUGCAUUUGAUUCUUCCUCAGCCAUCUUCCUCAUCAUCAAGUUGCUGCAUGAGAGCGGCGUCUCCCUACAGGCCUCCUUCCUCUUCCUGUCCUCGUGCAGCGUGAUCCACGUGCUGCGCACCUUCCUACUCAUGCCCCGGAAACACAUCCCCUACCCACUACCUGAGGACUACACUUAUGGAAUUAGCUGUGGCCAGAAGAGAAGCUAUAGCAUAGAGGACAAAUCAGCCAAUGGAGGAAACAUUCAGAGCCCUGCUGUUACCGAGGAAACCAAUCUUAAAGAGGGCUCGCCAUCCUCCCAAAGCAAGCCAGUGUGUGUGCCAGAUAAGAGUUUCCGGAGCUGUGCGCUGUCCUGGUUCUUCCUGUGGCACUUGCUUUGGCUGUCUGUCAUGCAGCUGAGGCACUACCUCUUCAUCGGCACCCUCAACCCCAUGCUGAAUCGUCUCACCGCAGGGGAACCAGCUCUGGUGAGCACCUACACGAAUGCGUUUGCCAUCACUCAGCUGUGUGGAGUGCUGUGUGCUCCCUGGAAUGGACUCCUCAUGGACCGACACAAGGGACGCACCAGAAAGCCAGGUGAGAGCGAGCGUGAGGCGGACCUGCGGGCAGCCAUCUUGUCGCUGGCCCUGACGGCCCUGCAGUGCCUGCUAUUCUCUGUGUGUGCGGCCACUCCGCUGCUGCCCCUGCAGUAUCUCACCUUCAUCCUGCAAGUGCUCAACAGGUCCUUCCUCUACGGGGGAAACGCAGCCUUCAUUAGCGUGGCGUUCCCAGCAGCUCAUUUUGGGAAGCUGUAUGGUCUGGUGAUGGCCCUAUCUGCAGUGGUGUCCCUGUUGCAGUACCCGUGUUUCGCCCUCAUCAAGGGCCCCCUGGGAGGAGACCCGCUCUAUGUGAACAUUGCACUGACCUUAUUGACCUUACUGGCCUUCAUCCACCCUGCCUAUGUCUACCACCACUGUCGUCGCCAGGCAACGCAGAGGGGCAAAACUACAGACUAGCUCUACCAGUUCACAGACAGAAGGGACCAACUUACACUUUAACCUACGUGUUAUAUGUUUUAGUUCAGUAUUUUUUAUGUAAUUUGCCUUUUAACACAUAUGUGGGUUCAAAUGCAUAACACUAGCUUUAGCUUUUUUACAUUAAAGACAUCCAUUCCAAUUAAGGAACUUGAAUCUAUUUAAGGAAAUGAAUAGGGAGUUAGGUUAAUGAACUGAAAAUUGUAUCUGAAACUCCAGAGGUGGGAGGAAGUACUUUACGAGUAGGAGCUAUCUCACCCUUUGCCAAAGGCCACACAAGACGUGUGAAUUUACAUAAUGAUUUUAUUAGGAGAUCAUAUUUUGUUCCCGAGAAGUCAUCUUGCAUUGCAUCUGUGCUUGUGCUGUAUUUCCAUAUAAUGUUUAAUGCCAUUCCUUUCUGGUGGAAAGACACACAACACUGGCUCAGAAGUGAGCAGGUUUUAGAAUGUGGUGUCACACCUGCCUUAUCCCUCCGACCCCAGACCUCCGCAAGAGAGCAGCUGUUCCACGUCACACACAUAAGCAGUCACACACGCACAUAACCCCCCCACCACCACCACCACACACACACACACACACACACACACACACACACACACACACACACACACACACACACACACACACACACACACAUACAUACAUCAUGCAUACAUACAGACAGACAAAUACACACAUACAAACACAGAGAUAGAGAGUCACACAGUCAGACAGUUACUGUCUAGGUCAUGCUGCCCUCUCUUGACCAAACCAGAUUGUUGUGUCAAGUGGGCAAACAUGUUUAUCUCAUUUGUCUCUUAGCAAACUCAGAGCUCGUCAGUGAUGUCAUGUCAGUGUUAAAAAGAGUAUUAGUCAGUGCCAGUAUUAUGAUUUUGUACUGCUUUUUAUACUAAAGGGAAUCACAUGCAAUAAAUGAAACCAUGUGAAAUGUA